GGUCGCCAGCAGGCGGCCUGUGGCAGCGCUGCUGCUGCUGCUGCUGCUUCACUUAGACAUUCCCCGCCGGGAGUUUUUUUGGAUCGCAAAGGCUGCGGUCGUACUACACUACCUCAGUCGACUGGUGGCUGCCUUGGCUACUUGCAACGCGCUCGCAGAAAUCCUGCAAGUCCUGCUGAGAAUCGCCGAAAGUGAUGUAACACACCAACUCGAUGAUGUCUCAACCACACACGAAACAUAUAGCCCCCUUGUAUGGUGUCUAGCAUGUAAGUGUUGGCCGACGAGGGCCUGGGCCCAGCCCGUGUCCAGAGAAGCGUCCAUCGCAAUGAAUGCUGCACUCAUCGGAAAAUUUCAGUUGCUACUCAUAUUCCAUCUUUUCUUAAAAUUCCACUUCACUAUCGCAGGAACUUGCUGGUUAGCCAUGCUCCGUAACGGCCGUUGCACCGAAAUCCUCUACGAGAAGAGCACAAAAGAGCAAUGUUGCGGAAACCGCCUCAUGCAGACGGCCUACACCCCCGAAGACCUCGACCCGGGGGCCUUCUUCUUCUGGAGGGUGUUGGGCGACGGUGUGCGAUGCUACCCCUGUCAAGUUUCCUGCAAGGAUGUCGAUUGCGGAGGCGAUAAAACCUGCACGAUACGGAAAGGACGUGCGAAAUGCGUCUGUUCCUCCAAAUGCAAGGAGGGGAAAGUCCGGGCGAAAAGGGGACCGAUUUGUGGCACCGACGGCCGGAGUUACCGGAAUAUUUGCCGACUCCGGAAACGCGCCUGUCGACGCAAGUCGCAUUCGUUGGCGAUCGCCUACAGCGGAACCUGUCAAACCUCCUGUGAUAAAAUCAAAUGCCCGUCGGGCAUGCACUGCCUCCUGGACCAGAACCUGCACCCCCAUUGCGUCAACUGUUCGAAGCGUUGCUCCGACAGCCCCCGUCGUCGCGAGGUGUGCGGUUCCGACGGCAUGACGUACCCCAGUGCAUGCCACCUCCGUGAGAAGACAUGCCGUCGCGGCAAGGCCAUCCCCAUCGCCUACAAGGGCCCCUGUCGAGAAGGGGCGACGUGCGGCGACGUCCGUUGCCAAGACCGGCAGUCGUGUCUGACGGAUCCGUCAACGGGGAUGCCCCGCUGUGUGAGCUGCACGUCGACGUGUCGACCGAGACACAUGCACGGCCCCAUCUGUGGUACCAACAACAGUACCUACCACUCGUGGUGCGAUAUGAUGGUCGAUUCUUGCACCAAGGGGGUUGUUAUUGAUACGAAGCAUCCGGGACGGUGCGAGGGAUGAUAGGGGGGUGGGGGUUG